AUGGCCAGGACCAAAAGAUCAGCCCGCGGUCAGAAUAAACAACAGCAGGUAAUUGUCCACCCUCGCCAAGAGCCGUCGUCGUCGGCGAAUCAACAAAGAUUACCUCCGAAGCACCAGCAGGCUGGCGCUGUCGAAACUCUACCGAAACCCGUCCAGGGUGAGUCGAAGAAAAAAAAACGCCCCCGCCGCUACAAGAAGGCCAAAGGGGUCGAGACGAGUUACGUCGUUCCCAUCUACCGGGUGUUGCGACAGAUCUACAACGAUCAGACCAUCAGCAAACGAGCCAUGGAUGUCGUCAACACUUUCAUGAACGACAUCUUCGAACGUAUUGCUCGGGAGGCUGCGAUUCUCGUCAAGUACAACAAACACAAGACGAUGACGCCUCUGGACAUUGAAAGCGCAACCAAACUCGUACUUGGUGGUGGCGAACUGACAAAGCACGCGGUGCACGUCGGCUCCUCAGCAGUCGUUAGAUUUUUCAACAAAACAUUUGGCAUCAACGAAUCUCAAAGUGACAAUCAAUUGUCCGAGUCUUGA